UCAACCCACUUGGAUUAAUUUGUGGACGUUUCGUUUGCUAAACAUAAUCAGCAGUUUGUAUUUUGCUAACUGUAUUUAUAACGAUGUUUGUGAUUAGAGUAUUUAAAAAUAGUCAUUGCUACCAGUCGCAAAGCCAAUCACUGGAUCGUGUUUACUCAUGGAGGGUCUUAUUCAUCAUGGCCGUUUUUUCGAUCUUAAAGACGCACGCACAGAUUCGUUAUUCAGUUCCAGAGGAAAUGAAGAAAGGAUCUCUUAUCGGGAAUAUAGCUCAUGAUCUUGGUCUGGAUGUUCAAAGACUGCGCUCGGGUCGAGCUCGAAUCGUAUCUGGCGACAGCACCGAGUACGUAGAGCUCAAAACAGACAAAGGGAGUUUGGUUGUAAAGGAGAGAAUUGACCGAGAGCAGCUUUGCGCUGAAACCACUCCGUGCAGCUUCACGUUUGAAGUUAUACUUGAUAAUCCAAUGGAGUUGCAUCAUGUUACGGUCGAAAUAUUGGAUGUCAACGAUCAUUCGCCAGUUUUUCCUAAAGAUGAAAUUAAUCUCGAAAUAAGCGAAUCGGCCGCACCCGGUGCUCGUUUUCUACUGGGCAGCGCAGAUGAUCCUGAUGUGGGUAUGAAUAGUAUACAAAAGUAUGUCAUAUCACAGAAUGAAAAUUUCAUUUUGAAACAGCACGCGCGACCAAGUGGGGUCAAAUAUGCUGAAAUGGUGCUUCAGAAAGCUCUAGACAGGGAACAACAGCCAUUGCUUUAUCUCAUUGUCACAGCGGUUGAUGGAGGAAAUCCAGAAAGAUCUGGUAAUAUGAAAAUUAAGGUCACUGUACUAGAUACAAAUGACAACGCGCCAGUAUUUAACCAGUCAGUUUACAGAGCAAUAAUAGCAGAAAAUACACUUAAAGGAACGUUUAUAACCAGCGUCAAUGCAAGUGAUGCCGACAGUGGUGCAAAUGGAUUAUUUUCUUAUAGCUUUGGGAAUUUGAAAGUCAUUGGUGAGAUUUUUAAAAUGAACGAAAGCAGCGGUGUUAUUACUCUUAAUGGUGUGCUUGAUUAUGAGAAAGCAAAGAAAUAUGAAUUUGAUAUUGAAGCAAAGGACCAAGGAGGUUUAGGCGAUUCUGCUAAAGUAAUAAUUGACUUAAUCGAUGUUAAUGACAAUGCACCUGUUGUAAGUGUCAUGUCAUUUUCAAGUCCAGUGGCUGAAGAUGCACAUAUUGGUACAACCAUUGCGAUAUUUAGCGUAAAAGAUCUAGAUGCUGGAGAUAAUGGCCAUGUUGACUGCACUAUUGAUCGAAAUUCUCCAUUUAAACUACAGUCCUCAUUGCGGAAUUAUUACACUUUAGUCACUGAUGCUGUUUUAGAUCGAGAGCGUGUGGCAGAAUAUAAUAUAACAAUCACAGCUACAGAUUCUGGAUCUCCUGCGCUUUCCAGUCAGAAAACUUUGAAUCUGAAAGUAUCAGAUGUGAAUGACAAUCCACCCAGGUUUCAAAAGAGUGUUUACACUGCAUUUGUUACAGAAAACAAUUCACCUGGAGUGUCCAUAUUUACUCUGAGCGCUAAAGAUGAUGACUGGAACCAGAACGCUCGUAUUUCGUAUCUUCUCGAAGAUUCUUCAGUGGGUGGAUCCCCUGUUUCCUCUUUUAUAUCAGUAAAUGCUGACAGUGGAGUGGUUCACGCACUGCGCGGUUUUGACUAUGAGCAAAUGAAAAGUGUUCGUGUUUGUGUGAAAGCACAAGAUGGAGGCUCCCCGCCCCUCAGCAAUAAUGUGACUUUGGAUAUUAUAAUUCAAGACCAGAAUGACAACGCUCCUCAGGUUCUGUAUCCAGUACAGACUGGCGCUUCAGUGGUGGCUGAGAUUGUGCCUCGUGCUGCAGAUGUGGGAUAUCUGGUCACUAAAGUGGUGGCUGUUGAUGUGGACUCUGGUCAGAAUGCCUGGCUCUCCUAUAAACUCCAGAAAGCUCCAGACAGAGCGCUGUUUGAAGUGGGUUUACAGAAUGGAGAAAUAAGAACUGUGCGACAAGUCACUGAUAAAGAUGCUGUCAAACAAAAACUCACUGUUGUUGUUGAGGAUAACGGACAGCCCUCUCGCUCAGCUGUGGUCUCCAUUAACGUGGCUGUGGCUGACAGCUUUCCUGAAGUGCUGUCAGAGUUCUCAGACUUUCCGCAUGAGAAACAAUAUAACGACAGCUUAACUUUUUAUUUAGUUCUGGCUCUGGCCGCUGUUUCUUUCCUAUUCAUCACUUGUGUGGUUGUGAUAAUAUCAGUUAAAAUCUACAGAUGGAGACAAUCUCGCUUCCUCUAUCAGUCCAAUCUGCCUGUUAUUCCGUACUAUCCACCGCAUUACGCAGACACAGGAGUCACUGGAACUCUACCGCACGGCUAUAAUUAUGAAGUGUGCAUGACGACUGACUCGAGGAAGAGUGACUGUAAGUUUUCUACACUCGGGGGUCAGAGUGUUUUAGUGGUGGACCCCAGUUUUACUCAGACGACCCAGCGCGCAAUGAAGGACAAUCGUUUUUUUAAAGAUCCCGAAGACUGUCCUGAAACGGUAAGACUGCAUACUAUUAAAUAA